CCAACUCUGCGAUUUUCCACUAAAAAGUCGAGCUUCAUAUCUCAAUUCUAGCGAAAAGACAGCAUAUCUCACAAAAGAUCCAAUUGAGUUCGCGAAAUACCAAGCCAUAAAACAACCACUACGGCCUUAUAAGUAUAACUCGCCAAAAUGGCGACAAGACUCCCCAACGCCCUCCCGAGGCGCCCAACAACCAGCACAUUAACCCACCACGCCUCGAUAUCCAUACCAACAGCAAAACCCUCGCAUACACCCCUCUCCCACACUCCCUCCCGCGCAGCAACCCUAAUAAGACGCCCGCGACGCCCCUACAGCUUCACCCAGCUCGUACAGCAAACCGACGGAUCAACAUACACCCAACGUACGACAAGUCCAAUCGGUCUAUACAAAAGCACGAAAGACUCGCGAAACCACAUCCUAUGGCAACCGAAUGAUCGCUCCCUCAAAAACGUCGAGGUAGACGAGGCCGGUAAACUAGCUGCUUUCCGAAAUAAGUUCGGUCGAGGAUGGGAUGCGGAACGAACGGUUUCAGCAGAGGAGGAGGCUGAGGUGAAGGGAGAGGAAGGAAAGAAGGGAGACGCGGAGGCGAAGACAAGGGAUGCGCAAUCGGCUGGGUAUGAUGCAUUGAGUGAUUUGAUCUCGACGUAUUCUGCGAGCCAGAAGCCGCCCCGGAAAGCGAAGCAGCUUAGGAAGAAGCUGGCGCCCGCGGCGGGUAAGAAGAAAUAGAGUGUAUCUCGCGAUUAAGGCGAUUGUCACGAGAACCCGAGGCCAUGGAACUACGGGCGAUAAGUUCAUGACAAUGUUGAGUUGUUGUAUACCCGGGUAUACGGAGCUGAUAGUGGGAUACUCCUAAGAGCCGUUGAGAGAUAGUGGCCUACCUAGAGGGAAAUUUAUCACGCGCAUCUAUUGCGUGAACUGGUUUCUAGAGACGAGCAACUCAUAGCAAUUGUACAUCUAUGUAUACAUCUGUUCAAAGACUCGGAGCACCGGAACUCGCCAUUUGUAUUGUAUGAAGGAUAUCAAGUUUUAAACACCCUCAACGGUGGAACUACAAAACUACAAUUAAUCCGAGUCUUCAUCAAUGGUAGCCCUUGCUCGAUCCACCGCGGUAUCACCACGACCAGCGCCCUUAUCGUUACCCUGGUAGAUAGGCGGGCGAUAGAACACUGUCUCGUCGUCCUCGGCGUCCAGUUGCAUCAGGAAAGUUUCCCAUUUCUCAAUUAACUGUAAAUG